AUGGAAGCUCCCAAAGGACGCGUUCAAAAUCUCUCCGAAAGCGAGCAGCUUCAUCUCAAACAAGUGUGGGCGCAUCUUUUCCAGCAUUGGGGGAUUCCGGUCGACAGCGGGAAAGUUUUGGCCCCCGGUGCCCGCGGGUCUGCCAACGCGUCGUUCAAUGCAGGCUCAGACAACAAAGAGGAUGCGAAACCCGCCAAGAAAUCCAAUAAGCUCUUUGGCCGUUUCCGCAAAAGCUCCAGCAAUUCAAGCUCUUCUUCUAGCAGCUCGAAAGCGGAUCCGCAAGAUAGAGCCAGAAACGGGUCGUUCACGUCGCGCAGAUCGGCAGAAAGCAUCGAACAGAUGUAUCCACCGGGAAUGAUCCACGAUGCCCUCAAGGACCUCAAACCCGAUGAGGUCAGCGAGAACUUUUGGGAUAUGUUGAGAACGGACUACCCAGAUAACCUCAUCUUGCGAUUUCUACGAGCCCGCAAAUGGGACACUGACAAGGCCUUGGGCAUGAUCGCACACACCUUGCACUGGAGACUUAAGGAAAGCCGUCCUGACACAAUCAUCCGUGGCGGCGAACUUGAAGCAUUCCACAACAACGAGAAGGGCUACAUCAAAAACAUAGAGCUGUGCAAGGCCACCUUGCACGGGUUUGACCUCAAGGGCCGUCCCGUGGUGCUGGUUCGACCCAAACUGCACCACUCCAGCGAUCAAACCGAGGACGAGAUGAAAAAAUACUGUUUGCUGAUCAUCGAACAAGCCAGAAUGUUCUUGAAAGAGCCCGUAGACUGUGCCACGAUCCUGUUUGAUUUGACCGGCUUUUCCAUGUCCAACAUGGACUACGCCCCCGUUCAGUACCUCAUCAGCUGUUUCGAAGCGCACUACCCAGAGUGUUUGGGCCAUCUGUUCAUCCACAAGGCCCCUUGGAUCUUCCCACCCAUUUGGAAUAUCAUCAAGAACUGGCUAGACCCGGUCGUCGCCUCCAAGAUCGUUUUCACCAAAAGCACCGACGACUUGGCCAAAUAUCUACCUAAAAAAUACAUUCCGAAGUAUUUGGGCGGCGAUGAUGACUACGACUACGAUUCCUACGUGAAACCGGACGAAUCUGUGGACGCCAAGCUAAAGGACGCGGAAACUCGCGAUGCUAUUCUAAAAAAACGUAAAGUCAUCAUCCAAUCCUUCAUCGACGCCACGAAAAGAUGGAUUGAGAGCUCAGACACCGAAACCUCGUCGAAAUUGCUUAAGACUAAGAUCUCCCUCAGUCAGGAACUUACUGAAAACUAUAGAAAACUGGAUCCAUACAUUAGAUCUAGGUCCACUUAUGAUGUCAAUGGAUCUUUGAAGGUCUGA